AUGGAGGAUCGGGAUGCUUGUGGAGGAAAGACUUGGUCUUCCAAGGUUCAUCCUACUUGGGGCAUCCCACGCGAAGGUUUGGUGUUUAGAGAUGAUUUUGACGAGGCGGCUCAGCAUCACGUUAUGUCCGGCGGGAAGUUCGCUGCGUUGAUCCAGAAGUACGAAACGGCGCUUCGGGCAGCUAAGGACGAAGCCUUUGCGUUGCGGCAGGAGCAGGAGAUGGCCAAAGAUGUCGAUACGAUGGUGGCCGAUUUGCAGCAGGAUAAACUGGUGCUUGAGUCGAAGGUCGCGGCGCUGAACAGGGAGAUAGUGAAGACUCUCGGACUCCAGGAUAGCAGACCAGCUGAGGGCUCAAGUGAGUGA